GGAUUUGGUGCUUUGCUUCUCUAUCGCAUCCUCCUUUAUUCCUGCUUGGCUGCAGUAGAGGUGGUGGUUUGGCUCUAUUAAUUUCUAUAUUUUUCUACAUUCAUCUGCAUUUGAUAUUCCCUUGGUUGGUUGUUUCGUCUGCGCCGUUGCCUCUCCCUCCAGAAUUCUCUUCGCCGACUUCCGAGUUUCCUACGGUUUACGCGCCUUACCCUCCCACGAUACCUAGUGGCAAUCGGGUUGGAAUAUACCUCUUGCCUUUUCUAUUUCUUCUAUAAAGGAAGUUGGAUCUUACACUACGAAUCGAACAGCGUGUCCUUCGUUCCCCGCCUUAGAUGCUUCGUUGCGGCAAUGCCACCGCUCUCCGGUCCGGAAGCGUGGCAAUGAGACCACUUCUCCGCACACAAUGGCUCCGGACUACCCCGAGCCGAUCUUUCUUUCACAUUGCGGAAUCUGGACCUCGUAUAGGGAUACCAUGGAGACACUCUGCGCGGAUUGGGACUCUGCACGCAAGGCAAAUGCACGAGGCUGUGGCCGCGGAGGGCCCACCCGAUAUCACCUUUAAGGAGGAGAGUGCACCUCGUGAGAAGGAGGAGGAAGAAAGGGAGAGUCAGCCUGCAGACUCUGAUGGAAAACAAAAGUCUCCUGAGUCUGGUUCCACCACAGAAGAAGUGCUUGAUAAACGGACGCUACUGCGUCGGCUUGUUCGGAGGGAAUGGGUGCCGCAGACGUACUUCGUUCCUCUCUCUGUGGUGAAUGCGGAGUUGAAAUGGCUGCGUGACCCAUUGGCGCUGGCCGAGCGCGUCCGGCGUUGUCUGGCAGAUGGGCACCUGGCGCUUGGUGUGUCGCUUGUUUAUAAGGCCCAGAGCAAAGGGUUCAGGUGCACUGCGGCUUUUAAUCGGCUGUUGGAGUAUCUAUUGCGUGAGAAGGAGCCGGAGCUUGCGUUCAGAGCUUGGAAUGAUAUGAAAAAGCGAGGUAUCGAACUUAACUCGAGAUCUUACACUGUUUUCCUGAACGGUCUCUGCCAGGACUUCGACAUUAGAGGCUUCAAGCCGGUGAAAUUGGCCUCGAAAAUCUACAUGUCGCUCUACGCUGAGACUUCCGUCGUCGAACCCCAUAUCAUCCACGCCAAUGCAAUGCUUAAGGUCUGCUGGUGGCACCGAGAUAUGGAAGUUCUAUGGGAGGUUGCUGGUGCACUGCCGGAGUCCGGCAAGCUAGCCCCGGACCUAUUGACCUACACCACGCUAUUAGGGGCUAUCGCAGGUAGUACGAGGGCCGAAACGUCGGAGUUGUAUAAGGGAAAUAUCAAGACGGCGGAAAGAAAACAGGUUGAAGUUGAGCCGCUUCUGCAAAGGAGAGCUCAGGGUAUCCAGGAAGCCAAACGGGUCUGGGCUGACAUUGUUUACCAAUGGAAGAAGGGCCGGGUGCCCAUGGACAAUUAUCUGGCUCACGCCAUGGCCCACAUGUUGCAGGAGAACUCAAGCUGUGACCACGAUGUGUGGUGCGUGUUCGCAUUGUAUAAUCAAACCGCUGGUAUUCCAAUCUUCGCCGAGGAGCCCCCGAAGCAAAGGAUAGAGCCAACUUCGGAGAAAUCGCGGGUGUUUUCCCCGCACAAGGAUGCGGAUUUGGAAGACGAUAUCCCGUUUGUCGACGAGGGAGACAGAUUACCUGAUAUCGAACCCGAGGAUAUGAAGGAUGUGGAGGCCGAAGAGGAUUUCGAUCAUCUUUUCGACCCUGUUGUUGACACAGUGAAACCGCCCGCGAAGACAAGGCUCUCUGUGAAAGAUGAAGCGGCCCUCCCCUCGUAUAUUGAGGUGGGAAACAGGGAGCUCACUAUGCUUCUCAAAGCCUGCCUGUCGAUAACACAAGGGACAGCCGCUGCAAAGGAAUACUGGCGGUACCUUGCGAAAGGAGAUGACUCGCAUAAGGUCGUACCUGACGCGGUUAGCUAUCACGCAUACCUACGCAUUCUACGUGCUGCGCGGGCUAGUCGUGAAACCGUGGAGGUGGUACGCGAUAUGACUCGGGACCCCAACGGACCUACCGAAGGAAAGACCUUCCGCAUAUCCAUGGCCUCAUGUACUCGGGACCGCAGAAACCCCAACGUGUUCAGACACGCCAACGAGCUUCUGGAUCUCAUGGCCAACGGCAUCGUGCUUCCCGAUGCUCGGUCCAUAACCCAAUAUCUCGACUUGGUCCAUUCGCUGGAGGAUAGUCCAGAUCUACUAAUGUCCCUCGCUGGCCUUGAGUCGGGAGCAGACGCCAAAUCAGACAAUCUCAGCGCCCUAGGCGUGAAACUGAAGGCCAGCCUAAUCACAUCCGCCGCAGAACGGCUCUGUCCCCUGAUUCGGGACCUCGAUGAAGCCGUGUCCAGUGAACUAUUGGGGCAGAAGUCUCGACAAUUCUACCUGGCCCGGGUGGCGAAGACCAAUCCGGCGGCUGUGAUCAGAGGAGAAGAUGCCCUCAAGGCACUUACCAUGACGCGAAGGUUAUUUGACUCGGUCAAAGAAUUCAAGCAACAUGUUCCCCCGGAGACCUUCAAAGAGGUCCAGCGCCACGCCGAGCUUCUGAAGAAAUACUCCGACAAGAGCAUUAUAACGAAGUUCCGGAAAACCUUGGUCGGAGCGACCGAGGAGCAAAUGAACAGAUUCGCAGAGCGAGAAUUACCCAGCCCAUGAGUUCCUACUUAUUGAUCCAGUCCAGUCCUAUCAGCCGAGGGCCAUUCGGAUCCUUUUGCUUCAUCCAAGUGGAUCUAUCUAACGCCAUGUUGCGUGGUCUCCACUCUUAUUCAGUACAAAGUAUAGCAUAAUCGGGCGUUAUAGAAAAGUCGAUGUAUCAUAGCACAUUUUGAAGGGGAGGACUAUAUGUAUAAUACUCUUGGAACAUGAACAUAGUACUCAUCAUCUUUUGG